AUGCAGAGAACUUUUCGGUCCCCCAUGAUGCAGCCCAUGAUGACUUCAGGAAUGGGCAUGGCUCCUUUCUUCAAGAUGACGGUGUUUGAGCAGGAGCACUUCCAGGGCAAGUGUCAGGAGUUCACCAACGAGUGCUGCAACAUCCAGGACUGCGGUUUCGACAACAUCCGCUCCGUCAGGGUGGAGAGUGGAGCCUGGGUGGGCUUUGAGCACCAUGACUUCCAGGGGCAGCAGUUUGUGCUGGAGAGGGGAGAGUACCCCCACUGGGACGCCUACAGUGGAAACCUGUCUUACCACGUGGAGAGAAUGAUGUCAUUCCGACCUAUCUACUGCGCUUCUCAUCAGAGCAGUCGUAUGAUGAUCUAUGAGAACGAGAACUUCAUGGGUCGCUGUGCGGAGCUGUGUGAUGACUACCCCUCCCUGCAGGCCAUGGGCUGGUUCAACAAUGAAGUUGGCUCCAUGCACGUGCAGUGCGGCGCGUUUGUGUGCUACGAGUACCCCGGAUACAGGGGUCAGCAGUACAUCAUGGAGUGUGAGAGACACAGCGGGGACUACCAGCACUGGAGAAACUGGGGGUCCCACUGCCAGACCCCCCAGAUCCAGUCCAUCCGCAGGAUCCAGCACUGA